UUUGGCAUUCAAUUGAAAAGCAUUUCAUAAUCAGUUGUGAAUUAAACCGCAAUUUAGUGACAGUUGUCAACAAAACAGUGCAUUAAUUGUCGCACAAAAUGAGCGUUUCCGACGAUUCAAAGAUGAAGUUAAUUGAAACCAAAUAUCAAAUCCUUUACACCAUUUGUACGCAAAUUAAAGAUAAGGACUUUCAGAGGACGUUGUCGUUGACUGGACUGAAGCACCGAAAUGAAGACAUCUAUAAACUGGUGGACAAAUACAAGUGGACUGCUCUGAAGACUGAGUUCAAUGCGGAGGUCGUCCACAAAGAGCUCUACCAAACACUCAAAGAGAAAUGCGUUAACGCUUUGCAACUGAUGAGCGGUCAGGACGUGGACACCGAUCACAUGAGCGACACCGACAUACAGGCGCUGUUGGCCUCCAAGUUGGAUGUGUUGAGCACUCGACUGACAGAGGCUGAAGAGGUGUCCAAAUGUGUGGACAAGAACUUCAAGAUCUAUCAAAACGGCAAAUUUGACUUAAUGCUACUUUACCAAACAAUGGUGGAAACGGAGAAUAUUCUGCGAAAGUACGGCAAUAAAGAGAUGAUUGAAAGACUAAAAGAUGACAGAAAGGCAUUAGAAUCGGAAGGAUAUCGGCUUAAGAGUGAUUUGAUCUUUCGCCUCUUAAACGACAGUCUUAUGCUUUCAGACCUGUUUCUAAACGACUUUCUCAUAUUCGCUCACUUUCUGCUAAACCUGACAGCCAACACCCGGCAGUUACUUGAGUUAUGCUCGGAGGCGGCGUUCAAAGGACCCACUCAUGAGAGGAACUUUAGUCUGGAGUUGGAGGGACUCAACGAAACAAAUUGUGUGUCUCAGGGAUACCUCACACUCAACUCAAACAUCUUUAAUGGAUAUCGAAAAGACGGUGGACUUAUCAGAGCUGAAAGGGAUCGGAAGUUGACAGUGGAGUGCCACCCAAAAGGCAUUCAUAGCAUUCUCCAUGAGGUUGAGUGUCCGUCAGCACAAACCCAAUCCCAGCGUAUAUUCCUUUCCCGAACUGUUAAAGAGAUCCCGACUCAGACUUACUAUACCAUCAAUGGGAAGAGUAAAGAAUCGGAUUAUAUAUUGAAAGCAUUUUCUGAACUCCAGUUUGCUCUCAAAGACCUAAAACGAUCGCUUGAAUUACAA